UCUGACACAGCUGCUCCAUAGUUACUAUCCCAACAUCAGAGCAAACACUGCAGAGGUAUAAAGCCUCCCCGGGGUGAGUCCUGCUCGGUUUGGAGGCUACGAGACCUGUAAAGGAUGAAGACUUCUCUUCUUCUUGUGCUCAUCCUAGCCCUGUGCACAGAGUUUGCUUUCUCCCUGUCCUGCUUCUCAUGCAAAGAUGCAACUUCCAACAUAUACUGCCUGGGUAGCACCAUCUGUAAUGAGAACGAGAAGUACUGCCUCACUAGCUAUUCCACCACAGGAUAUGGCAACGACCGCAAACAGUACAUUACCAAGAAAUGUUCUGCAUAUUGCCCAACAGUUGACCUGAACAUUGGCAUAGCUGGCAUUGCUACCAGCUGCUGUGAGACCAGCUUGUGCAACUUCAGUGGUGCCACCAGUGUGAAAACCAGUUACACCAUGAUAGCUCUGGGGGUCUUGGCCAGCCUCACCUGCAUCUUCCGAAUGGGUUUUUAAAGGGCGUUGGGUGGGAAGGAGCUGCUUGACUUUGUCUUGCAAGGGAUCAAACUCUCCUCUGUGCAGUCUGAUUGCUGCCCUGUUUCUCCUACCUUGGCAGGUCACAUUCCAUCAGCAAAUAGUUUGGCUCUGUCCAUGCUCAAGAGCGUAGCCCUGCCUCAAAAGGGUUUUUGGAAGAGGAAAGCAUGCUGUGGAGAUCUGCACAUGCAGAGGGUGCCACAUAGUCACCAUCUCUGCUAACACUGGCCUCAGUAAUUCCAUGCACUUUUGUCCCCCUUGAUUUUAGCCCUGUAAUCUUCCUUUUCAUAUAAUUUUUUGCCCUGUAUCAUUUUGCUCCGAGGAAGCCUUUAAUAUUAGAGUUAUUAAGCAGAAGCCAGGCACAAUAAAAGUGUUACUUUAUUCAGUGGUGUGACUGUGUGCUGUGGGACGCUGGGUGUGGUGCCCAGAUGCAUCUAAGGCAGCAGCCACGAAAGCAGAGGAGUUCAGUUUUUAAGUCAAAUUGAAAUAAUAACACUGAAAACUUGUAAUUGCUUUGCAUUCACUUCACAGAAUGGUGGAGGUUAGAAGGGACCUCUGGAAAUCAUCCAGUACAACCCCCUGCUACAGCAGGGUCACCCACAGCAGGUUGCACAGGAUCACAACAUUCAGGUGGGUUUGGAAUCUGGGCAGCCUGCCUCAGGGCUCCAGCACCCACACAGCAAAGUUUUUCCUUAUAUUUAGGCAGAACCUCCUGAGUUCCAGUUUGUGCCCACUGCCUCUGGUCCUGUCACUGGGCACCACUGACAAGAGUCUUGCCCCAUCCUCUUGACUCUCACCCUUUAGCUCUUGCUGAUCAUUGAGAAGAUGCCCUCUCAGGCUCUCUUCUCCAGGAUAGAUAGUCCCAGGUCUCUCAGCCUUUCCUCCUGUCAGAGAUGCUCCAGAUGCCUCAGCAUCUUGAUAGCCUCUGGACUCUUCCCCAUAGUUUCCUGUCUCUCUUGAUCUGGGCUUCCCAGAUCAAGACCCAGUACUCAAGAUGUGGUGUCUGGGGCGAAGUAGAAGGAGAGAAGAACCUCCCUUGACCUGCUGGUCACACUUUUCCUGCACCCCAGGAGACCGCUGGCCUUCUGAGCUACAAGAUCACAUUGUAGGCUCGUGGUGAAUUUGUUGUCCGCUAGCACUCCUAGGUCCUUCUUCAGGAAGCUUCUCCCUACAUUUAAUGUUAGUUAUGAAUUUCCAGAAGUGUAAUUUUUGUGACUCCAUUUCAGAAUAAACUCCC